GACAAUUCGAUUUCUUACGGUUUCCCUUCAGAUGUUUAUCUUUAUUCCCUGGAGAUACCUAUCAUGACCAGAACAAUAACUUGACCCAAGAAGCAACAGGCAGAGAAACAGAAGAGCCAAAAACACCCUCGAGGAAAUCGGACAAACUAAGCCGAAAAUGAAAUACCUCUUCCUUUAUCUCUUCCUAGCUGCCACCUCCUGUCUCCUCCACAUCUAUCUCUUCUCCUACACCCUCCACCAAAACCCAACCGAUACUCUCCCUCAUCAUUCUCAGCCAUUCGCUCCUCACGUAUCAUACUCCGGAUCUUCAUCAUCAUUAGAACUAGAAUUCCACCCCAAAAACGCGCAUGAAAAUUGGCCACCAACAGCAAACGCGAUGACGGAAAUGACGACGUCGACGAAGGGAAAUCAAGGAGAAGAAGGAGUAUCGACAACAACAUACUGGUUUGGAGGCUAUGGAAUGGCGUGCAAGGAAUUGAUUAUGAUUCUCGCGGUGGGGAAUCCGCUAAUUUUGGGGAGUGUGGUGGGUUUGGUUAUUGCGGUUUUGAGAGGCGGGUUCGGGGGGUUGGUUGGGGCGUAGGGGGUUGGGGAGUGCGACGGAGAGAGAUGGGGAAUGGAGAAGGGAGGGGGGGAGAUAGCUUGCUAUGGUGCGAGCUUGUUGGUUUACCUACUUAUUAAUGCCGGCGAUGCACUCUCUGACCAGCAUCUAGGUUAUAUGGAGGAAAUGGGCAAAUCGAGACUCGAUGAAUCAAUCACACACAGGCAUUUAGCGAGAUAUACAGACAGCAAUCUAUUCGAGAUGAGUAAUAGACGCA